GGAGGGGGGGUGGGGGGCGCCAGGCAGGGGGGACGCGAAAGCUGUGAAUCUUCGGCUCUUCCUCCUCCUCCUCCGGGACCCGCUCUCCGCCUCCCGCUCCAACGCCCGGAUGAUCUGAGCCGCGAGGGCGCCGAGAGCCGGGGACCCGGACGCAGCCCGGCUCCUCCCCUCCUCCGCCCCCUCCCCGGCCUGACCUGGCCGGCCGCCGCCGCGGUGACCCCCUUCCCGCCCCCUCCCCGGCCGCCGUCGCCGCCGCUGCCUCGGCGGACCAGGGACCUGCCCGCCCUCGGCUGCUCCGGACCUAGAGGAUCAAGACAUAAUGGGAGCAUUUUUAGACAAACCAAAGAUGGAAAAACAUAGUGCCCAGGGGCAGGGUAAUGGGUUAAGCAGCAUGCGAGGCUGGCGAGUUGAAAUGGAGGAUGCACAUACGGCUGUGAUCGGUUUGCCAAGUGGACUUGAAACAUGGUCAUUCUUUGCUGUGUAUGAUGGGCAUGCUGGUUCUCAGGUUGCCAAAUACUGCUGUGAGCAUUUGUUAGAUCACAUCACCAAUAACCAGGAUUUUAAAGGGUCUGCAGGAGCACCUUCUGUGGAAAAUGUAAAGAAUGGAAUCAGAACAGGUUUUCUGGAGAUUGAUGAACACAUGAGAGUUAUGUCAGAGAAGAAACAUGGUGCUGAUAGAAGUGGGUCAACAGCAGUGGGUGUCUUAAUUUCUCCUCAACAUACUUACUUCAUUAACUGUGGAGACUCGAGAGGUUUGCUUUGUAGGAACAGGAAAGUUUACUUCUUCACACAAGAUCACAAACCAAGUAAUCCUCUGGAAAAAGAACGAAUUCAGAACGCAGGUGGUUCUGUAAUGAUUCAGCGUGUGAAUGGCUCUCUGGCUGUGUCGAGGGCCCUUGGGGACUUUGAUCACAAAUGUGUCCAUGGAAAAGGUCCUACAGAGCAGCUUGUGUCACCAGAGCCUGAAGUCCAUGAUAUUGAAAGAUCUGAAGAAGAUGAUCAGUUUAUUAUUCUUGCAUGUGAUGGUAUUUGGGAUGUCAUGGGAAAUGAAGAGCUCUGUGAUUUUGUAAGAUCCAGACUUGAAGUCACUGAUGACCUUGAGAAAGUUUGCAAUGAAGUAGUCGACACCUGUUUGUAUAAGGGAAGUCGAGACAACAUGAGUGUGAUAUUGAUCUGUUUUCCAAAUGCACCCAAAGUAUCUCCAGAAGCAGUGAAGAAGGAGGCAGAGUUGGACAAGUACCUGGAAAGCAGAGUAGAAGAAAUCAUAAAGAAGCAGGGGGAAGGCGUCCCUGACUUAGUCCAUGUGAUGCGCACAUUAGCGAGUGAGAACAUCCCCAGCCUCCCACUAGGGGGUGAAUUGGCAAGCAAGCGGAAUGUUAUUGAAGCCGUUUACAAUAGACUGAAUCCGUACAAAAAUGAUGACACUGACUCUACUUCAACUGAUGAUAUGUGGUGAAACUGCUCAUCUAGCCAUGGAGUUUACCUUCACCUCCAAAGGAGAGUACAGCUUCAUUGAACCUUUUAAACAUCCAUCCUCAACUUUAAAGAAGGGCAUAUAUAACAUGGGUGAGAUUGAUUACACCAGAGAACUUCAGCAGUACAACAGCUAGCCCAGAACUGAUUUUUUUUUUUGUAAAUUUGAGACUUACGUAAAUGUGAUUUCAAACCAUAAUUCAUGUUGUAAAUCAGACUCCAGCAAUUUUUGUUGUAUGAUUUUGUUUUUUGUAAAGUAUAAUUGUCCUUGUAUA